UCUGCUAGGCGGGAGGAGUUUCACAUUCAUUAGCUGGAACUGUAACGGAGUGAACCAAUUAAACGUAGCAAGAUAUUACAACACCUCCAACAUUUAGGAGCCCACAUUGUAUAUCUCUAUCGCAGAGAUAGAGAAAGUUAAUAAAAAAAAAAAGAGCCUAAGUACGGGACUGGCCCUCCUCCACUUCCUGAAGUGAUCUUAUUCCCUAUGCCGUUCGCAGUGCCCUUCGAGCUGAACAUAUUCGCUUCCUUCGGACUGAAAUCUCACUUAAGAUGGCGAAAUACCCUGAUGUCCACUUCGCAGUCCACUUACGGACGAAAGUGAAACUAUUUCAACAGACUCCAUUUUGUGAAGGAAGAACAUGAACAACAUCAGGAGAAAAGCUGUUUGUGAAUAAUGUGAAUCAGUUUGAGAUCAGAUCAGUUUAAUGCUGUUAUCUAGAGACUGAAUGGAUUUACGAACUGAAUGAAGUUUGUGUUUGAUGUUCUUCAUUGUUGAGACAGAGUAGUACUGACUGUAAAAUGAGACUCGAUGAGCGGAGAAAGAAGGGGGUUUCUCUUCUGAAUCAUAUAGCAGCGUCUCCAGAACCCAGCUGUGUGUCUGUGAAGAGUGACACAUCCAUGAGCUAUCCACCUAAUCUCAGUGAUGGAGCAGUGACCUCUGACCCUGAUAGCACUGCCUGUAAAAUGAGGCUUGAUGAGCAAAUAAAGAAGUGGGAUUCUCUUCAGAAAUGUAGAGCAGCGUCUCCAGAACCCAGCUGUGUGUCUAUGAAGAGUGAUGCAUCCAUGCACUUUCCACCUAAUCUCAGUGUUGGAGCAGUGACCUCUGACCCUGAUAGCACUGCCAAUACAUCGAGUCUCGAUGAGCAGAGAAAGAAGGGAGUUUCUGUUCUGAAACGUAAAGCAGCAUCUCCAGAACCCAGCUGUGUGUCUAUGAAGAGUAAAGCAUCCAUGAGCUAUCCACCUAAUCUCAGUGAUGGAGCAGAGACCUCUGACCCUGAGUCAAAGCAAAAAGUGAAAAGAGUUGACAAGAUCAGAUCAGUGACACCCCGUCUGACCUGCACUGACUCCGACUGUCAGACCCUCAUCAGACAGAGCGUCAGAGACAGACACAAAACCAGCAUGAAGAACAAGUAUGAGACAUUAUUUGAGGGAAUCAAACUAGAAGAGAAUCAAACCCUCCUGAACAGGAUCUACACACAGCUCUACAUCAUAGAGGGAGAGAGUGAAGGGGUGAAUGAAGAACAUGAGGUUUUACAGAUGGAGAAAACAGCCAGAACACAAGACACUCCAAUCUACUGCAAUGACAUCUUUAAACACUUACAUCAACUAGGAUGUGAGGAGAAAGACAAAAUCAAGACUGUUCUUACUAAAGGCAUCGCUGGAAUUGGAAAAACAGUCUCUGUGCAGAAGUUCAUUCUGGACUGGGCCGAGGGAAAAGCCAAUCAGGAUGUAGAUUUCAUGUUUGUGCUUCCAUUUAGAGAGCUGAACUUGAUUAAAGAUCACCAGUACAGUCUUCACAGACUUCUGCUGGACUUUCAUCCUGAACUUCAAGAUCUGGACUCAAAGAUUUAUAAGGUGUGUAAAGUUGUGUUCAUCUUUGAUGGUCUGGAUGAAAGCAGAAUCACACUGAUGUUUUCAGAUGAUGUGAAUGAGUCUCCAUCAGUUUGUGAAGUGAAUGAGUCUUCAUCAGUUUGUGAUGUGAAUGAGUCUUCAUCAGUUUGUGAUGUGAAUGAGUCUUCAUCAGUUUGUGAAGUGAAUGAGUCUUCAUCAGUUUGUGAAGUGAAUGAGUCUUCAUCAGUUUGUGAUGUGAAUGAGUCUUCAUCAGUUUGUGAUGUGAAUGAGUCUUCAUCAGUUUGUGAGGUGAAUGAGUCUUCAUCAGUUUCUGAUGUGAAUGAGUCUUCAUCAGUUUCUGAUGUGACUGAGACUUCAUCAGUGGGUGUGUUGAUGUCAAACCUCAUCAGAGGAAAGCUGCUUCCCUCUGCUCUUAUCUGGAUCACCUCCAGACCAGCAGCAGCCAAUCAGAUCCCCUCAAAAUACAUCAACCGUGUGACAGAAAUUCAGGGAUUCAAUGAGCCUCAGAAGGAGGAAUAUUUCAGGAAGAGAAUCAGUGAUGAGCACCAAGCCAGCAGAAUCAUCUCACACAUCAGAAGAGCAAGAAGCCUCCACAUUAUGUGUCACAUACCCGUCUUCUGCUGGAUCUCAGCCACUGUGCUUCAAAACCUCCUGAAACAAGAUGACCGUGCAGAAAUCCCUCAAACUCUGACUGAAAUGUAUAUACACUUCCUGCUGACUCAGAUCAACAUGAGGAAUCAGAAGUAUGAUGAGAGAGAUCCAGAGAAACUCCUGAAGUCCAACAGAGACGUGAUUAUGAAACUUGCUGAACUGGCUUUCACACAGCUGAUGAAGGGCAAUGUGAUCUUCUAUGAGGAGGACCUGAUUGAGAGCGGCAUGGACGUCACUGACGUCUCAGUGUAUUCUGGGAUUUGCACUGAGAUCUUUAAGGAGGAAUCUGUGAUUCAUCAGAGAAAAGUCUAUAGCUUCAUUCAUCUGAGCUUUCAGGAGUUUCUAGCUUCUUUAUAUCAGCUUUACUGCCAUGUUGUCUAUAAUGAGAAGUCAUCGAAGUUCUUUCUGGGUAUGCGGCCCAGGUUCAAAGAAAUCUCUCUGUAUGAGCUACUAACAUUAGCAGCUGAUAAAUCCCUACAGAGUGAAAAUGGACACUUAGAUCUUUUCCUGCGGUUCCUGCUGGGCGUUUCACUGGAGUCCAACCAGAGACUUUUACAGGAUCUACUGACAGACACAGUGAACAGCUCAGAGACCAUCAUGUGUAUCACACAGUACAUUAAAGACAAAAUCGAGGGUGAUUAUGAACGUCUCUCAGCUGACAGAUGUAUCAAUCUGUUCCUCUGUCUGCUGGAAAUGAAAGAUCAGACUCUGUUCAGAGAGAUUCAGGAGUUUGUGAAAUCAGAGAAUCACUCAUUGAAUCGACUCUCUCCGUCUCACUGCUCAACAAUCGCCUACAUGCUUCAGAUAUCAGAGGAGGUACUGGAUGAGUUUGAUCUGAAGAAAUACAACACAUCAGAUGAGGGUAGAAGGAGAUUGAUACCAGCUGUGCUGAACUGCAGAAAAGCUCUACUCACUGACUGUAAUCUCAAUGAUCAGUGCUUUGAAAGUUUGUCUUCAUGUCUACAGUCAUCAAACUCACUGAGAGAGAUGGACCUAAGUCACAAUGACCUGCAGGAUUCAAGAGUAAAGCUGCUCUCUGAUGGACUGAAGAGUUCACACUGUCAACUCAACAUACUGAGACUAACUGACUGUAAUCUCACUGAUCAGUGCUGUGAAAGUUUGUCUUCAUGUCUACAGUCAUCAAGCUCACUGAGAGAGCUGGACCUGAGUCACAAUGACCUGCAGGAUUCAGGAGUAAAGCUGCUCUCUAAUGGACUGAAGAGUUCACACUGUCAACUAAACAAACUGAGAUUAUCUGGUUGUAUGGUGACAGAGGAAGGCUGUUGUUUUCUGGCUUCAGCUCGGAGUUCAAACCCCUCACACCUGAGAGAGCUGGAUCUGAGAUACAAUCACCCAGGACAAUCAUUAGUCAAGCUGCUCUCUGAUCCAAACUACAGACUGGAUAAACUCAAGUAUGUUCAACACUCACAAUCAUUCUGUCAUGGGCCCCAAGCACCCACGGAAAAACACGAGUUUUAAUCCUUUCAACUUAACCAAUAAAAAUUGAUUGAAGCUUUCA